AUGUUUGAUCGUCAUAGAACGUGUUUCAAUUUUUUGCACGGAUUAAUUUAGCUGUUUAUGUGUUUUUGUCUUUUGAACCUUGUUUGCAAAGUGGCGCACAAUGCUUUAAUGUAGCUAACAUUAGCAUCGAUGCUACUAUUCAAAGUCUUUCGGCAGUUUUUUUUUAUCUCAAACAAAUCGAGACACGGAAACCAGCUAUAUUUUAUCCCCGUGAGCCUCAUGAGAAAGAAUAAUACUGCAGAAGAGAGGAAAGAUUAAAUCAGAUGCUUUUGAAAUUUCAAAAAAUUCACCUAAAGAUACCGAUGAUCUACCUCCACUGAGAUAAUGUCUGACAGUGAUGGCCCAGCACAAGAACCUGCUGGACUGGACGGUCUGCCACCACUGUACUGUAUUUCCAAGGGAGAGGUGGUCUCUGUGCAGACCUAUGGAGCUUUUGUCCGCCUGCCAGGAUACAAGAAGGAAGGCCUGGUACAUGUGAGUGAGAUGUCAGCAUCACGGGUUGAGAAUGCCUCAGAGAUUGUCGAUGUGGGGGAAAAGGUGUGGAUUAAAGUCAUUGGGAGAGAGAUUCAAGGAGAAAAGGUGAAGUUGUCCUUCUCAAUGAAAGCUGUCAAUCAGGGAACAGGGCGGGACUUGGAUCCUAACAACGUUAUGGCAGAGCAAGAUGCGAGGCGACGUAGGAAUUUUAAAGACCACUCUGGCAACAGGAUAACACUGGACGCUGUACUCAACACAACAUGCUCAAAGUGCGGCUGCAAAGGUCACUUUACAAAGGACUGUUUCUCUGCUCCGGGCUUGCAAUACGCUCUUUUGCCAGAGGAGGACGAUGAAGAGCCACAGCAGCAGCAGACACCUUCGGUCGCACCUCAGCAAGGCUCAGACAAAAAGAAAAAGAAAAAGAAGGAGAAGAAAAUGAAGAAGAAGAGGAAGAGGGAGAGGAAGGAGUCGGACAGCGACAGCAGCGGCAGCGGCAGCAGCAGCGACGAGUGCAAAUCCAAGAGGAAGCGGCGCGACCACACUCACGACAGAGAGGACAAAAAGAAGAAGAAACACAAAAAACACAAAUCUCACAAACACAGAUGAGACAGCCGCACCACUGCACAUCUACAGUCACACACACUGCAGCUAUCAGACAGACGCAAAAGAGGAAGUGGUUAGCAACAGGCAGACUUCCAUCUUUUAAUAAACUCUCCAUCAAUCAUCUUAUUAUAGAAACCUUCAUCCAUUUAAGUGAGGAAAGUGCUUAUUAUCUCCUUAUAUAAUUAGAAAUACAUCAAGUCCACUUGACAACUCUUAACAAAUCAGGAGGCACUUGCCCUGAAAUAACCUAACAGGAGGAGGGGUUUACACAUGAUCAUACGUAACCAGAGAGGUGUAAGCAAUAUGACAGCAAGUGGCUUUCCCUCUUGAAAUCCAGAUAUUGUUUACAGCUAUCCAGUUUCUUAUGAUCUGGGGAAUCAAUUAGGCAGACGAGGACCGAAAAGCCGACUCUGGGGGGGUUCUGACAUGAAAUCCUGGAAAUAUUCAACACAGAGAAAGCCACACACACACACACAUAGGAAGUAGUAAAGACACAAACAGGAAGUGUAAUGCAGCCCAAAUAAGCGUGACAGGAAGCCCAAGCUAUGGUGAUAUCCUGAAGUUGUCCACUGCUUAUUGUGUUCUUCCAUGUACAUACAUGUGUGUGUUUGUGUAUCUUACCUCCAGGGUCUGCUCACAACACACACACACACACAUAUCCCCCUUCCUGCAUGUCGACUGUUAAUUCCAUUAAAGCAUGUUUUUUAUUUGUAAAUGUAAAAAAAAUGCCUCUUGA